GCUUGUCCGUUCGCCGGUGCAACAGCCGCUCUGCAGGCGAUUGUUUCAGGUUACAACUUCGGCAUCGGAGUCAUUUCCGCUAAAAAACUGCGUCGACUGCAGCAAACGAUGACCAGCACCUUCGCUCUUUUACCGUCGCUCAACGCGUGGGGCGAGGAAGAAGUUCUUUUAGAAACCAAAGAUCGAAACUAUACCGCCAGUGACUACCGCCAACUGUUUGAAGAUCUGAUCAUCACAAACGGCUGGAGCAUAUACAACAGCAUUGGACACUUGCAACGAAAUAUCGAAGCACCAGGAGUUGAGGCAAGAGGCUUGAUAGAUAGUCGUACUGUUCACUGCUUGUAUGGGGCAGAGAUCGACACCAUAGGAAGUUUGGCUUUCAGGAAUAGCGUUCCUUCCGUAGGGCUUGAAAACGGCGAUGGAACGGUGAACAUCAGAUCGCUUCGAGCAUGCCAAAUGUUCAGGAACAAGCAAAGCCAGGAGGUUUUUAUUACCGAGCUGCCAGGUGUCACCCAUACCAGCCUGUUCGUGGAACCGAAAGUGUACAGUGCAAUUUUGAAAAUUCUGUGGCGCGCUUGA